AGGGCAGUGUGGGGCGCAGGGGCCGCUGGGAAGAUGGCUGGCGUGGGAAUGGUGGCUGCGGGUGCUGGGGUUCUGUGUUGGAGGUGGGGCUUGACGGCUGUCUCCUUCGGCUUCCACAGUGGCCUCAGCGCGGUACUUGCACGGAGGUCCGACGGGGUGCCACGGUGGCUCCCAGCUUGCAGACAAAAGGCAUCAAUCUCUUUCCUUAGUCGACCAGAUCUUCCAAAACUGGCUUAUAAGAAACUAAAAGGCAAAAGUCCAGGAAUUAUCUUCAUCCCUGGCUAUAUUUCUAAUAUGAAUGGUACAAAGGCAUUGGCGAUUGAGGAGUUUUGCAAAUCUCUAGGUCACGCCUAUAUAAGGUUUGAUUACUCAGGAGUUGGGAAUUCAGAUGGUAACUUACAAGAAUGUACAGUGGGAAGAUGGAGACAAGAUGUUCUUUCUAUAAUUGAUGAAUUAGCUGAAGGACCACAGAUACUAGUUGGAUCUAGCCUCGGUGGGUGGCUUAUGCUUCAUGCUGCAAUCGCACGGCCACAAAAGGUUGUGGCUCUUAUUGGUGUGGCCGCAGCUGUGGAUGGCCUGGUGACAAAGUUUAAUCAGCUUCCUAUUGAGGUAAAAAAGGAAAUAGAGAUGAAAGGUGUCUGGAGCAUGCCAUCAAAAUACAGUAAAGACGGGGUUUAUCAUAUUCAGUAUAGUUUCAUUAAAGAAGCUGAACAUCACUGCCUUUUACAUAGCCCUAUUCCUGUGAACUGUCCUCUGAGGUUGCUGCAUGGCAUGGAGGACGACGUGGUUCCGUGGUAUACGUCCAUUCAGGUUGCUGACCGAGUAGUCAGCACAGAUGUAGAUGUCAUCCUUCGAAAACACAGUGAUCACCGCAUGAAGGAAAAAGCGGACAUUCAACUUCUUGUUUACAGUAUUGAUGACUUAAUCGAUAAGCUUUCAACUGUAGUUAACUAGAAUCCCAUCGUUAGUUGUAUGUAACCAGUGGACCCAGAGAUUGAGGGAGGGAUAGCACAUGGAAGACCCUGACACUUAGAAGGUUUUUUCCACUUACCACUAUUUUGGAAAUAUCAUACAAGGUUUUAUUUAAUGAUGUCUUUGCACAUAAGUGAUACAAAUUGUGAAGAAAAUACAGUUAUCUUGUAUGUUCCAGGGAUUGGUUCCAGGACACCCCCAGCUCUUGGGUACCAGGAUUUGAAGAUGCUCACAUCUGUUAUAGAAAAUGGCAUAGUAUGUGCAUAUGACCUACACACAUACUCCUGUAUGCUUUAAAUCAUCUCUGGAUUAUUUAUAAUACCUAAUACAAUGUAAAUGCUAUGUAAAUAGUUGUUAUGCAGUAUUGUUUAAGGGUCAACAUUUUGGAGUCCUUUUUUCUUUUUUCCUGUAAGCAUUUGUGACCUGUGGUUAGUUGAAUCCAAGAAUAGGGAACUCGUAGCUACAGAAGGUCGGCCCUACCAGCUGCUGGAGAAUUGGAACGUCCUCUUCUUCCUUCAGUCCCUGAUUCCUUUUUUUCAUUAAUGUUUCCUAUUUUUUUUAUUCAAGAGAUGUUUAACUUCUAGUGCUUUAGUUAACUGCCAGCUUUUAAUUGUGUUCUCUUUAGAACUAUUAAUAAAGCUUAAAAUUUUUGUAUUUUGUUUAGUGUCAUUGUAUGUAGAAAUUUGUAAAAUUCUGAUUAUAAAAUGCAGUUCACAAAAUGGAAAAUAAAUCUGAAGUGAUUAAGGAAAUGUCUGAAGCAUAAUAAAGUUGGAAAAAUAAAGAUAGUACCUUAUAUAUUCUUCAUAUUGUAUUUGAGCUUAAAACUAAGGUUAUUUUUGUAAAGGCUCAAAAUUACAGUGCUAUAAAGGGAAUAUAUUCUAAAUUUUGGCUUAUAUGUAUUUAAAUGGGGGAAUUCCAUCUUAAUGAUGUAGUUUCAUAUUCUAAAGAGGGAAUUAAUCUUUAUAUAUUACUUGCCUACCUGCAGAAACAUUUCUUUUUUAUUAAUAUGUGCCUUAAGUUUAAAUAGCCAAAUGGUAGCCAUCUAAAUUAGAGUUUUCAGAAGUGCGAAUAUAGUAAGAAAAUAGGAGAUACAAAUAUAAAGGUUUUUCUUUUCAAAAUAACUGCAAUAGUCAAUCUUGGUAUUAUUGAGUUGGUGUUUUUUAGCUUUUAAGUUUGGUUGCACUUUAUUUAGCUUGCUUGGGUUGUGUCUGUCAAAGUAACACUUCACUUGACAACACUGAGAAAUAAUGUUGGGAAAAAAACCUCUUGUGCCAAAGAGUUAACCGAGCCUGACCACUUAUCCUUGGAGACCUGCUUACAAGAUUGGCCCUUGGCUGGCAUCGGGAAACUUGAAUUUCAGGAGGGUUCCCACCACUGAUAAAAGCGGCUCACUGUGCAAAUUGUACAAACAAUGUGGUUUGUGCUGAACACCUGCUUUCUUUCUGGGAGUCUGGAAUUUUGGUAGAUGCCUGGCAGAGGCUGCCUGAGUGACCAGCUCCCAAGGAAAACUCUGGCGCCGAGUCUGAACAAGUUGCCCGGGCAGACAGCAUUUCCCAUGCGCUGUCUCAACACUGCUGGGAUUAAGCUCAUCCUGUGUGACUCCACUGGGAGAGAAUUCUUCAGAACUUUUGCCUGUUUUUUCCAAAUUUCACCCCAGUUCUUUUUCCCUGUGUGGACUUGGCUUGUAUCCUUUCACUGUAGUAAAUUACAGCUGUGAGUA